AGUGGCUUCACUCGAGACGUGCCCGGAGUGGCGAUGGAGGGAGCUGAGAGCCAAGCUGCGGCGUCCGCGGGGUUGUCGAGGCUUGGCGGUCCAGGGCGAUCACAGGCGGGGCGGCGCGGUCAACAGCAGCCGCGCGGGUCGCAGCGCUCGGCCCCGCGGCUGGGGCAGCGCGGCAAAAAAAAGAAGAAGGUAAAUUGCAAGCCCCAAAACCAGGACGAACAGGAAAUCCCUUUCCGGCUCCGGGAGAUUAUGAGGAGCCAACAGGAGAUGAAAAACCCCCUCAGCAACAAGAAAAGGAAGAAGGAGGCUCAGGUGGCCUUCAGGAGGACUUUAGAGAAGGAAGCAAAGGGAAUGGAGCCAGACAUCAUUGUCCCCAAGUUCAAGCAGAGGAAGGGGGAGUCUGAUGGAUCUUACAUCCAGCGCAUGGAGCAGGAGGCUCAGUACGUGAUGUUCCUCAGUAAGAACCAGGCUAGCCGUCAGCCAGAGGUGCAGGUGGCUCCCAAGAAGGAGAAGUCUGAGCGGAAGAAAUCUUUCCAGAAGCGGCGACUGGAUAAAGUCCGGCAGAAGAAGGAGGCAAGGGCAGCAGAUAGACUGGAGCAGGAGCUGCUGCAAGAUACAGUAAAGUUUGGAGAAGUCGUCUUGCAGCCCCCAGAGCUGACCGCCAAGCCCAGGAGGAGUGAAACCAGGGACCAGCCUGGCCAGAAGUCACUGAUGCUAAGGAAGCUUUUGACCCCCAGCAGUGUGUGCCAGCCCCUGACCACCUCACUGGCCCGGCAGCGAAUCAUGCAGGAGGAGCGGGAGCGGGCUGUGCAGGCCUACAGAGCUCUGAAGCAGCAGCAGCAGCAGCGGCAGGGGAUACUGCCUACACAGCGGCCUGGCCGCACCCAGAGGACACUUGAGGCACAGCCAUGAUGGAGAGAUCCAAAGCCUCUGUGAACCCCUAAAAACUGGCCUGGGGGUGCUGAAUCUGAACAGAGGCGGGCUACACGAGUCCAUUUCCCUGGACAGAGGCCUGCAGGCCAGCUUGCCAUGCAGGAGAGUUCCCAGGUCUUUUCUCUUGUUCUUCCCCCUAAGGACUGUCCUUCCAGGAUUGACCACCAGUGUGCUGAUCACAGGAUUGCCCCCUAGAUUGGGGUUGAUACCUAUUGAGACACAGCCAGUGGGGCCAGUGUCUCAUUGUUCCCCUGAGCCUAGCUUCAUUCUAAAAUAGAAAAGUCCAGACUGAGACAAUCCAGGGCCACUUUAGGGUGGGCCCGGUCCCAUAAUCCUGACUCUAAACACCAGUUAUUUAUUGAAACUGCUGAUUCAGGUCAGCUCAGAGUCUAAGAGGCUCUGGUGGAUUCAUCAGCACGAUACAAGGCAGGGGCCAGGCUGAGUUAGUUAGCAGGCCAGACCCGGGGCAGGGCUGACGGGCAGCACCUAGACCACUUACAGGGUCUGUAGGUGCCAGGACCCCUGCCCACUUAGUGCUCCCCACAGAGGCAGGGGAGCCCCAGCUCAGGUGUGGUUUGGAGACAGAUGACUUCCCAUGUGCCAGGAGAGUAGAAGCAGGUUUGACCCACAGGAUAGGUCUUUGGGAAAUGGGCUGACCUCUAGAGAGGGCUCUGACUCGGAUGAGAGCUCCCACGUAAGCAGGAUCUUGCCAGGUUUGAAUCUCCUGUUGGCACCAAAGGAGGGAGCACCUGACUGGCAGUUCCAGGUGGGUGUGUGUCAAGGGAGGCUUAAAACUCAAGUCAGGGCUGAAGGUGCAGUUCAGUGACAGAACACUUGCCUAGCAUCUGUGAGGCCCUGGGUUCCACCCCCAGCACCUCCUUGCACCCUGCUGGGAAGUGAACAGGCCUUCACAGCUGCACACCUCCCUGUCUGCCCCUGGUGAAGUGGUCCAGCGAGCUCAGCAAACGCCCUGUUGGCCCAGAAGCACUUCAGAAGUGGUGUGGUUGUGUGUUGCCCUCCCCAGGCUUGCAUUCUCUAGAAUAAUGUUUAUUAAAGUUUUCUUUUCUUUGAAAUUGGGUUGGGGUUGCUGCCUUCUUGAGUGGUUUUGCCACUUUUUUUUUCCUUAAAAUGUUUUUUAGUUGUCGAUGGACCUUUAUUUGUUUUAUUCAUAUGUAGUGCUGAGAAUCAAACCCAGUGCCUUACACAUGUGAGGCAAGUGCUCCACCACUGAGCCCCACCCCAGCCUGUUUUGCCACCUUGUCGACUCACUGGUGGCCCCAGAUUGCAUCAUGGUGACUCGGGGUAGGUGGCUAUACUUGGAGAUAUACCUGGCAGUGCUGAUAGCCUCAGGCAGUCCAGAGAAGCACAAGUCAAACUGUUUGCCACCUGAUUUCCUAGUUUGCAUUGGGACACUAGAGCCAGGCACAGCUGGUUGCAGGCUUAGACUCUGAAUCUGUCGGGAGCAGCGUGGCCUUCCACCUAAUGUACAUGAUGGGCCCUUUCAGCCACUGUCUUGGAUUAAGGAACUGUUUAUCUCUGCUUUCCUUAAGCCUUCCUCUUACAGAGACUUUAGCAGAAUCCUGCUCCCUGUACCUGGGCCAGGCUGGGUCAGGCUGUCUGGCAGGUUUUUCUGCUCUUGCCUUCUGGACAGCAGCUGGCACUCUGCCUGUACCAGGGUUAGGGCUCUGUCUUUGCCCGAGUACUCCUGCUGGUAGCCAGGUGGUGGCAC